AUGUUUAGAGAUCAUCACUCGCUUUCUACAAAACUCGUUUCAGUGGUACAACACAACGACCAGCACGGGUCGAGCGUGCCACCAAUUUAUCAAUCGACCACUUUCAAAGUAGGGUCUCUGGAAGAUGGUGCUUCUCAGGAGUACGAUUAUACGAGAUCCGGCAAUCCGACUCGUACGGUGGUCCAGCACCAGCUGGCGAAACUGUACGGGGUGGAUGGCUCGCAAGCGUUGGCCGUCAGCAGUGGUAUGACGGCACUGGACAUGAUUUUGCGCAGCUUGGUGCUCAACAACAACGGCUCCGGAGUCCCCACAAUCAUCGCAGGCGAUGACCUUUACGGCGGCACGCAGCGGUUGUUGACACACCUGGCAAGCCGCAACCACGCGCGCAUCCUGCACACAGACACAACCAACUACGAGGAGUUUGUGAAGCUAUUCCAACGGCAGUCACGGGUAGCUUGCGUGCUGUUAGAAUCGCCCACCAAUCCGCUUUUGAAAGUGGCUGAUCUACCCAGACUCACCAAAUUUAUCAAGGCUGAGAACCCAGAAUGCGUGGUGGCGAUUGACAACACGAUGAUGAGCGGGUUGCUGUGUAACCCAUUGCAGUUCCAAUGCGAUGUGGUGUACGAGUCCGCAACAAAGUAUCUGAACGGCCACCACGAUAUCAUGGCUGGUGUGAUCAUCGCCAGAACCGCCAAAAUUGCAGAAGACAUUUAUUUCAUCAUCAAUUCCACUGGCUGCGGGCUUUCCCCCCUCGACUCGUGGUUGCUGGUCCGGGGUCUCAAAACACUCGGUGUUCGGAUGUAUCAGCAACAGCACAACGCCAUGGUGCUGGGACAUUGGCUGGAGAAUUCAUGCGGUUUUCGUAAACGCGCUCCCGGUGAUCUUACACUAACUCGCUACGUCGGCCUCGAAUCGCAUCCACAAUUCGAACUGCAUAAAUCCUUCAAUGGCGGGCCCGGUGCUGUUUUGUCUUUUGAGACCGGAUCCUUUGAGCAUUCAAGGCGCUUAGUUUCGUCGCCAAAGCUGAAAAUCUGGUCCGUCACAGUCUCCUUCGGCUGCGUUAACUCUCUCAUUUCCAUGCCCUGCAAGAUGUCACACGCCGCAAUCGACCCAGCGGUUCGUGCUCAAAGGGAGUUCCCAGAAGACCUAAUCAGGUUAUGCUGUGGUAUCGAAAGCAUUGCAGACUUGCAAGCCGAUUUGUUAGAGGCCAUGGUAGAUGCUGACAUUAUAGAGCUUCGAGAUGAAGGCAAAACCAUUUGCAACAAGCUCAAUGGGAAUGAGGCACCCAACACAUUAGGUCAAGGCGAACUUCCCAACAUUUAUGAGGAAUUCUUUGGACAAAAUGGUAUCAAAAGGCACCUACUAGCUACCAGCCGUGCAAAACUGUAA